CCUCCCGACAUCCAAACGGUUUCUUCCAGGAAGCGCGUCGGGCAGUCGGGUGCUCUGCUGGAAUGCCUGGGAGAGAGAGCAUCCUUUCUGUCCAUUUCUAAGAGAGAGAGGGAGAGGGAGACAUUGGGGAGGAGGUGGAGGAGAGGAAGAGGAGGAGGGGUGGCGAUAGGAGAGAGGAACAGACAUGGCUUCUAAAGAGAUCACUGCCUCUGGUUUCGUGAGUGUGAGCAAGGAUAUCACAGAAAGCAUCAGGAAGAUUAUCGAUAAAUCAUCUAUAAAGUUUGUUCGUGGCAUUAAGCUUGACACUAAAAAUGGCAAAACAGAGGACAAAAUUCUGGUGCUCACAACAUGGCGUCUCUAUUUCCUGGCGCCAAAAAUUCCCACAAAGGUAGAAACCACAUUCAACUUCUUGGAGAUUCGAGCUUUGAAUUCUCAACCUGAACAUCAGGUUGUUAUCGACACUGACAAGUCCAGUUACUCCCUGAGGUUUGAGUCACGGGAACAGCUCAAUCAUGUGGUCAGCCAUAUAAAUUUCGCUCUGUCUCGAAUAUUCAACAACUCCAUUUUUGCCCCUUCCAUCUGUCAUUCAGACAGUGACCUUUCGGAGGGCAGCAGGAAGUAUUCACCCAGCUCCGAGACUUCAGUGGAGACACAGAGGGCCUGCGGAGGCUUCUCAGAGACUUACGCUGCUCUGUGCGACUAUAAUGGCAUCAGCUGCAAGGAGGAAGUGCAGUGGGAUGUGGACACCAUCUAUCACUCUCAGGACAACAGGGAGUUUAAUCUGCUGGACUUCAGCCACCUGGAGAGCAGAGAUUUGGCUGUCAUUGUUGCAUCAAUGGCUUACAACACCUGGUUCACUAAACUGUACUGCAAAGACCUGCGCAUUGGCUCAGAGGUCACUGAGCAGGUCCUGCACACAGUCAGCAAAUCCUCCAGCCUUGAAGAGAUCACUCUGGAGAAUGCUGGGUUAAAAUCUGACUUCCCACAGAAGAUGUCAGUAGCUCUUUCAGAGAACCCUGCAUCUGUCAUCCAUUCCCUCAACUUGGCGCACAACUCACUGGAUAACCAAGGUGUGUCCAACUUAAUCCAGCAAGUGUGUCGCCUCAGCAAGGGGCUUCGUCUCCUCAACCUCUCCAAGACCUCACUCACCUCCAAAGGAGUGGUGUCUCUCUCUCAGGCUUUGUGCUCCAGCGAUGAGUACUCUAACUCCCUGCUGCACCUGGACCUGAGCAAGAACCCCGGGGUCCUCUCGGGGGAGGAUGCAUCGAACCUUUAUCUCUUCUUGUCUCAACCCAACUGCCUGGUCCACUUGGAUCUGUCGGGCACAGACUGCUGUGUUGACUCACUAUUUGGGGCUCUUCUGAGGGGGUGUUGCGCUGAUCUCUCCUUUCUGAAUCUUUCCAAAAAUUCCUUCUCCCACAGGAAAGUGAAGGAUACGCUGCCGUUGUUCCGUCAGUUUUUCAGCUCAGCUUUCAGCCUCACUCAUGUCAGCCUGGCCUCUAUGAAGCUGCCCCCUGAUGUUCUGAGGGCUCUCCUCACAGGGUUAACCUCCAAUCCUCAUAUCAAUGACCUUCAUCUGGACAUCAGCGGCUGUGAGCUAAGGUCUGCAGCAGCUGCUGUAAUCCAGGAACUCUUCCCUAGAGUCUCCUCCAUCGCCACUCUCGAUAUCUCCGACAACGGUCUUGACGCAGACUUACUCACAGUCCUGCCAGCCCUCUCUAGACACCCUUCCCUCAAACACCUUCAUCUGGGCAAGAACUUCAACAUCAAAAACAGGGUUCUGGAUGAAGUGUUGCAGAAGCUAGUUCAACUCAUACAAGAAGAAGAAUGUGCCCUUCAGUCUUUGUCCCUCUGUGACUCACGCCUUCGUUCUCGGGGCACUGUGCUAGUCAACGCCCUGGGUAGCAACACCUGCUUGAGAAAAGUGGAUCUGAGCGGGAAUAGCAUGGAAGACAUUGGAGCCAAGAUGCUGAGCAAAGCCCUUCAAAUCAACACAACACUCAGGAGUGUGACAUGGGAUCGCAACAACACCUCCGCAGCAGGAUUUCUCGAUGUGGCCCGAGCACUUGAACAUAAUUUCACCUUACAGUACAUGCCUCUACCCCUAAGUGACAUCAGCCAGGCGUACCGCAGUGCCCCUGAGAGGACAGAGCAGGCGUUGACCAAGAUCCAGCGUGCUCUGGUGAGGAACAACCAGACUCAGCGCUUCUCUCAGAGACAGGCUUUGCGGCUCCAUCAGGGCCUGGUCACCAGCACCGCCGAACAGGUGAUGGAGCGCCUCUGUGUGCGUGUCCAGCAGCAGGUGUGUUUAUUACGGGGCGUCGGAGAGAUGGAGGAGAUUCAAGCUGCAAAACAAGUGCUAAAAGAGGCGAGGAACUCUCGCGCUCUCUACCCUUCACUGUGUGAGCUCGCUCAUGUGCUGUCUGUGGAUGGGCCGGUGCGGCAGAGACUCGACUCCUUGGCUGGCGAACUUGCCAAAGCUGCUGACAAGGAGCUGCAGGUGAUUGUCGACUCCAUGGUGUCUCUGUGCCGCGAGCUCUGCCCUCUAUCUUCUUCUGCAGCAGAGAGAUUAAGCCCACCCCUCUCAUCUGUCUCUGAGCGUGUGUCCAUCCCUCGCUCUGCCAUUCGCACUGCCCUUAUGGAAAGAGCAGCACAGGACAUUCACAGAGCCUUGGAAGAAGUAAAGCUGUCAGUGGUUUCCUAUCUCACCAACUCCAUCGUGGACCAGAUCCUUCAGGAGCUCUAUGCCACCCAUAAGAACCUGACUCGGCAGGUCUCUCAUCUUAAAUGCUGGGAGGGGACGUGUGAAGAUGGGACAGGCUGGAGGUUUAACAGGCACAGGGACUCUCUGGACAUCACAGAUGAAGAGCUCAGCACCAGCAUAGACACAAUAGCCAUUAAGAAGCACAGCUCUAGAACAAGACGAAUACGACCUGUCUCCACCAGGCUGAGCCUGUGUGAUGAUUCCAGCUCCUCUCCACCCCCUUCUGUGCCAUCAUACUCGUCACCGCUAUCCCGUUCGGCAUCCUGGGAGGGUCUGUCAGAGCUGCCUACGCAGGGUCUGCCCCUUCAUCAUGUAACGCGAGUUCGUCCAAGGCCUCCGCGGAGACACAAGGGAGGGCACAUCCCGUCUGAGAGACACUGCAGUGAAAAUGGAGGGAUAAGCCCUCUGGAUGAUGGACUCCCUGAUUUCUACACGAAAAGAGUGCUCCCUGAUAGUCAGCUCUCGUCGCUGCACAAAGCGCACUCUCUGAGGAGGAAGAAGAGGAGAAACAUGCUGGCCAUCUUUGGUUUCCGUAAAAGCCGCAACCAAACUCUGUCCCAUCCGGGGCCUGAGUCAGAAGCUGAGGUUUAUGGAGAUGGGAGUCACACUGUUGCUACAGCACCCACAGGGACAGCAAUGGAGAAUGUAUACACUCUCCUCCAGCCUCCAAGGUCUACUGCCAGAGCUGGAUCUCCCAGCGAGGGGGCUGAUGGGAAAAUGAAUGACCACCAAGGGAAAAGUACUAUCGUUUUGAGUCCACCACCAGUGCCAGGCAUCCCUCACACAUGUGUGGGUGGAAGCAAACACCCAUUUUAUUCUCCAAGAGAGAAAUCUGAAGUGGAUGCUGUGUUUGAACAGCCGGAGGAGACAGACAAAUACUGGGCGGACGACAAACAGAGGACGGCAGAGGUGCUGCAAGCAGACAAGCAGUGGAUGAUAGAAGCAAGGCAUGGCGAUGUAGACAGACAGUGGUUUGACGACAGGCUGCAAGACAGAGAUGCGAGAACGACCGACAGACAAACAGACAGGUACUGGACUGAGAGCAGGCAUCCAGACAGGCACAUGGACAGACAGUGGACUGUAGACAGACACACUCAGAGGCAGAUUGACAGAAAAAUUGAAAGACAGUGGAUGGGCGGCAGACAGGUAGAAAGGUCAUGGUCGGAGAACAAGCCGGCAGACAUGCAAGUGGACAAUCAGUGGAAUGAGAGCAGACAUCAGGGAAGAAAGACAGACAGACAGGUCCAAGCACUUCAACUAGCUCAAAGGCCGCUCCCUCCAUACCCAUCGGACAGGACGCCAUCUCCAAAACAUGAAACAGAUCCUCUGAAAAGCAUAGAGGCUUCAGCCAUAGAGUGGCAUCCGCAGGACACGCAGGGAGACAGACAUGCGUGUCCUGAUGCAGGUGGAGUUUUCUCAGAAGGCUGGAAGAUGAGCGGAGGUGGAGGAGGAGGUGGCUUUUCUGCCAGCCGAGCGACAUCAAAACCUGACCCCCCGCCACAAAGCAGCAAACCCAAUCUGUCCAAGCUGAGGCAGAGGCAUCGACUCGAGAGCUCAGAUGCUCUGCCAGCUACAGAGGAGGAGGAAGAUAUAGAGAAGGACCCUGGAAAUAUGGAGAAGAAAGAGAAGGAAAAGAGACGAGAUUCUGAAGGUCACCCUCCCCCGAUUCCUGAAAAGCCAAAGACCUCCUCGUUUGUGACUUUUCCAAAAGAAUCAGCCAAUGAAAGGAACUUACCUCCUCCUCCCGUCCCACCUCCUGUUGAUAAGCCAAUACAUGGGUUGCCAGACAGAGCUGCAAGCCAAGGCGACGAAGGACUCAGGCCUCAAGCACCGGUGAAGCCACAGAGGAACAGAAAAGCAAUGUCCUGUGAUGCAGGCACUGACAGGGAAAGCCCUAAUAACGUUGAGAAGCCCCCAAAUCGCAAACCCCCCGUGAAAAAACCUAGACUACCCCAAAACAGAAAUAAGUCACUGGACUUGUCUGACAGCUUCAACUCAGCACCUGGGGAAAGCGAGCUGUUGUGAUACCUGAGAACUUCACCUGCCGCUGUCAAGCCAGAGUUGUCGUCCACCGAGGUCAAAGAGCGAAGAGGAGGGAAAAGGCCUAACAUCAGAGCAGGACAUCAUAAAACACUGUUCACUUGCUUCGGUUCAAACACUUUCCUCUCGUCACUUUCCUUCCUCUUCACCCUGAGUUUCUUGUCUUUGCUUUUCUCUCACGUGAAGCUCUUUUUGUGGCUACAGUAUUUUAAAAGUAUUUGCUACUUUAGAAAAACCCAUGAGAUCAUUGUCGUGUGUGUGUCCGUGGACAGUCGGCUGAGUGCUUGAGCGUUGUGGCUUCGCUAGGCAGAAGAAUACAAAUGUCUUUAUUAGAAUGUGGUUUCUUAAAUCUGCAAUGCAUUUUUGACCGCUGAUACAGUUGAUUGCCUUGGUUGACACUUGAAAAUGAGUUGCUUCUUAUCAAAUGAAACUUGAUGAUUUAUAUCUAGUUUUGCUUUCAGGAACUGAAAGUUAAUAUAUUUUAUAGAAAAAAAAAGAAAUAUUAUGUUUGAGCUCCGUCACUGUAUGAAUAAAAGCCUAAUGAAAAACAUCCGGGACUUGUUGUGGCUGCAUU